UAUUAGCUCAAGAUGAUGAUGUUAUUGUUGGGGUUGAACUCCCAAAAUUAUAUACGUGGGAUUUUAAAACAAGACAAUAUAAGAUGAUCCUUAAUAAAAAUGGUAAAAUUACAAAUAAUUAUAAAGGUGGGAAGAGUGUGCAUAAACUAAAAGAAGCAUCCGUGAAAACACCAAAAAGAAGAUCU